AUGGUGCGCGCCCUGGCGUGGCCCUGCGCGCCCUGGCGUGGCCCUGCGCGCCCUGGCGUGGCCCUGCGCGCCCUGGCGUGGCCCUGCGCGCCCUGGCGUGGCCCUGCGCGCCCUGGCGUGGCCCUGCGCGCCCUGGCGUGGCCCUGCGCGCCCUGGCGUGGCCCUGCGCGCCCUGGCGUGGCCCUGCGCGCCCUGGCGUGGCCCUGCGCGCCCUGGCGUGGCCCUGCGCGCCCUGGCGUGGCCCUGCGCGCCCUGGCGUGGCCCUGCGCGCCCUGGCGUGGCCCUGCGCGCCCUGGCGUGGCCCUGCGCGCCCUGGCGUGGCCCUGCGCGCCCUGGCGUGGCCCUGCGCGCCCUGGCGUGGCCCUGCGCGCCCUGGCGUGGCCCUGCGCGCCCUGGCGUGGCCCUGCGCGCCCUGGCGUGGCCCUGCGCGCCCUGGCGUGGCCCUGCGCGCCCUGGCGUGGCCCUGCGCGCCCUGGCGUGGCCCUGCGCGCCCUGGCGUGGCCCUGCGCGCCCUGGCGUGGCCCUGCGCGCCCUGGCGUGGCCUGCCAUGUCUUUUAG